CAGUGUUCAUCCCAAAAACAAAAUUGAGAAAAUAUUACUGUUCUAGUCUUUUUCUUGGAUUUUAUACCACUGAUUAUGUAUGAAUCCUUACCCGUGUCUUUGAAGUAAAAACUUCCCAUAUCUAUUUAAAAUGCAGCAUGCUACAUCAUAAAUUCCAAAAUCUCAAUCAAAAGGAUUCACAAUCUUUUGCAAUUGCAUACAAUAAGUUAACACAUUAUAUAGUACUAUUACACAAGUCCUACAAAGCAGCAACAACAACAAACAUGGAAAAGAAGAAAGGAAAUUCAACUAGCUAUCUUUUGGCACUAGGGUUCAUUUUGGCUUUAACCUUUCCAACCCUUUUGAGUGCUUCAAGAUUUUAUGCAAUAAAAGAUCAUUUGUUCCCUGAAUUCAUAAAGUGGCAUGUAUCUGUUGUCAAUUCGUUGAACUACAACCAGAUUUUGUUCACACAUUGCAAAUCAUCAGAAGAUGAUGUUGGCAUCAAUAACCUGUCUCCAGGUUCCAAUAUCACUUGGAGUUUUAGGACUGAUUUCUUCCACUCAACAAUGUUUUGGUGCUACGUGACCAAAGACAGCGCUUCUCUUAAGUUUGAGGCUUUCCGGUAUGAUGAGCGUCUAUUCAAUAAGUGUGAUUGGAAGAACUGCAUUUGGGUUGCUAAAGAUGAUGGGGUUUAUCUGAAAAAUUUGAGUCAAAGACUUGACGAGUUGGUGUAUAAGUGGGAUACUGGAAUGUGAUGAUGCUAGUAUGUUUAUUUUUUUUCUUUCUUUCAAUAAAUCAUAUCAUAGGAAAGUAUGUGUUGAUUCAGUUUAGAUAGAAUAGGUUUUAAGGAUUGGUUAUGUUUGUUUGGCUUGCAUGGAGUUUGAUUAAUUUGUACUGAUGGUUUGGUUUUUUAUAUUCAUGUUGAUCUUUUGUUGCAUUAUUAUUAUACUUAUGUGACCCUAGCCUGUGCAUAGUGUCAACCAAUGAAGUUAGAGAUGAGAUCUUAAUAUGGUCUAUAAGAUAAAUUUUUGCAGCAGGAGCUCGGGUCAAACUGUAUGAAGAGAAAAGAAAUAAAUUCCAUUAUUAGGAAUGAAUAAAACAAAGAUAAAAGGGGAAUGCUGAUGGCUCAUAAAAUAGAAGGAAUCCUAAAACUUGUCAUGAUGUAACAAAAAAUUAGAUCAACUACAUGUUCAUCAAUUUCAUUUGCGUGGAGCACUCAAAGAAUUGCAAGUACUCCUUCCAUUCCUUUUUAAG